UUGAUUUUUUAAUAAAUUAAUCUUUUACUUAGUAAUUCAAUUACCCAUCUUCUGAAAUUGAUUUCUUAUCAAGGAUUUGGAAUAUCAGCACCAAUUCUAGAAGCAAUUCCUACUCACCCUCUCACCACAUUACUACUAAGGAACUAGACAAGAUAAAGGAAUCUCCCUGUAAACCUAUCAAAGUUACAAAUAUGACAAUCGAUACCAUGGAACCGAUGGAACCCGAAACGCAGAUGUCGGUAGUUGACGCCGGAGUCCCUAAUAGCAUGAUUCCCAAAAAGAAAGGUGGAGCUAAGGCUGCAACCAAAAAAGCAGGGCCUAAAUCGAAGACUCUCAUGACCGGUGGUAGAUCGCUCAAACCGUCACCAGUCGCUGCCUCCAGCCAAUCUUCGAAUCCCAAUACGAUAGUUUCUUCGGGUCACAAAACAACUCCCGCCAAAAAGGUAGUCAAAAAGACAAAGUCCGACAAUUUGAAUCACCCGACUUGGGGCGAGAUGAUUUGCGCCGCUAUUUCUACCCUCAAGGAUAGGACCGGAUCUUCUAGACAAGCCAUAGUCAAGUACAUCAAAGCUAAUUACCAGGUGGGAGACGAUGCCAAGUAUAUCAACAAACACAUCAAAAUGGCGCUCAGGAAGAUCACCAACGACGGCAAAAUCAAACAGUCUAAAGGCACCGGUGCCUCUGGUUCCUUCAAAUUGGGCGAAAAUGUCAAGCCCGUCAAAUCCUCCGACAAAAAACCCAAAACUCUUUCCACGACACCCGCCAAAUCCUCCAACACCAAGAGGAUAAAGAAGCCGAAAAUGUCUGGAACUCCCAAAAAGCCCGUAGCCAAGACCGCGGUCAAAACGGCGACAGCCACGACCAUUAAACCGAAGAUGACAGGAGCGGAGAAGAAGAAAUCAAUUUUGAAGAAAAGCAAAUCUCCUGCCGCCACAAAGAAAGUUACCGCUACCACGAUCAAACCGGUCGAGACCAAGAAAACGGGCAAAAAGACUCAUGGCACAAAAUCCCCCAAGAAGAUGAUCAAAGGCAGCAAAUGAAUCAUGAAUCUAUAAAUAUAAAUCAUUACUUUAGAAAAAUAACUAUUUAUUGUCAAAUAUUUGUACAUAAUAAAUAAUGGUAGAUUUUUUUUAUAUAUAUUUAUUUACGUAUGAUUAUAUUUUAUUUAUAUUUUUUGUAAAUAUUCGAUAAAUAAAAUAUGGAAGUAGUAA